ACGUCAGGCAGGAGGCGGAAGCGUAGCGGGGGCGGGAAGGUUGUAGGGCUGCAUGUUGGGCUCUGUUUGCAGGUGUUUAAGUCGUCGCGCCCCCUUUGAGAGAGCGAUCUGGACGCGUGGAGGGUCCUGGACGCUUUCGUGGCCCGGGAGAUUGGAAAUUGCUGACCAGUUGCCACUGAACAUAGUUGAAGCAAAAUAGGAAGAUAUGGCAGCAAACUCAUCAGGACAAGGUUUUCAAAACAAGAACAGAGUUGCGAUCUUGGCAGAACUGGACAAAGAGAAAAGAAAAUUACUCAUGCAGAACCAAUCUUCAACAAAUCAUCCCGGAGCUAGCAUUGCACUCUCGAGACCCUCUCUUAAUAAGGAUUUCCGGGAUCAUGCUGAGCAGCAGCAUAUUGCAGCCCAACAAAAGGCAGCUUUGCAGCACGCACAUGCACAUUCAUCUGGAUACUUCAUAACUCAAGACUCCGCAUUUGGGAAUCUUAUUCUUCCUGUCUUACCUCGCCUUGACCCAGAGUGAAGAAAAUAUUUGUAGCAAAGGCAACUAUAUCAGAUGCCAAAGCUACUAUCAUUUAGUGCUAUACAAACUGUGACUUACAGAAUUUUGGUGAACUUUUAUACUUUUUGCUUCUUUGAAAGAAAGGUAUGUGUAAGUCAAAGCAGAAGAGGAGGGUCACCAGGAGGAUGCGAGCUUUGGGAAGUGUACUCGCUGAGGAACUGAUGAUGCUACUUGUCACUGUUUUGUCACACAGAACAGUUUGGUUUUAGCUCCAAAUCAGACUCUGGAUUGGAUGGUCCCAUACAUUCACCCCCCGCCCCCAACUAGGUGGCCUGAAUAUAUCAUUGUCCACAAUAGACUUUCAUGAACCAUUUAUAUAUAGUACUUAAAAAAAAUGAGGGUGCUUUUAAAAAUGUGAACCAAUGGACUUAAAUAAGUUACAUUUAUAUUUGCUGUUUAUAGAAUUGCUAUCAGUGUAUCUUUUGUGUUUAUAGUCAACAUGUCGUCCUGACAUCUUUAACUCAUAACUGUCUCUCCUGUUUUCAUUUUCAAAGAAAAUCUAAGAUACAAUUAAGUUACCAACAAAUCUUAAACAUCUUUUAUAAACCUAUGCCACUAUAAAUUAUGUGACUAAAUGCUAUUAAAAACAGUGAUAAGAGGGGUGCCUGGGUGGCUCAGUCUGGUUGAGCCUCCGAUUUUGGCUCAGGUCAUGAUCUCAUGUGAGUUCGAGCCCCGCGUCUGGCUCUGUGCUGACAGCUCAGAGCCUGGAGCCUGUUUCAGAUUCUGUGUCUCCCUCUCUCUCUGCCCCUCCCCCGUUCAUGCUCUGUCUCUCUCUGCCUCAAAAAUAAAUAAACGUUAAAAAAAACAAAAAAAAACAGUGAUAAGAAACGUGGUUACUACAUGUAUGGUGUCCCUGAGUUUUAUCGUCCAUUUUUGUUCUAAUUAAAAAUGUAUGCAAGUCAAGCCCCUUUUUAAUUUAAGGAGUUAGGUUAAGCAAGUUUCUCAAUAUGACACAUCUUCAACAGAAUCUGGGGUGCCUGUUUAAAUAGGCAGUGCCUCCUACCUUACUCCAGUCCUACAGAAUUAGAAUCUCUAAUUCAGAACAAAGUCUGAAAACUAUUGGUAGGGGAAUUCAAUUUUCACAACACACACACACACACACACACACACAUGUAUAUGUGUAUAUAUAUAUAUAUAUAUGUGUAUAUGUAUAUAUAUGUGUGUGUAUGUAUAUAUAAAGCCAUAGAUUUCUAUGUUGUUCAUGAAACUUAGAGGUCAUUUAGCUAAAAUCUACAUUUUUUUCUUACCUUUAAUAGGAUUGAAAUUAUAUUUUAUACUAUAUCACAGAUAUAGUAUUUUAUAGCUACUUAUAAUUGACCUCAUAUUAGCCUUGAGUCCCCAUCAUCUCUGGUGGUAGGAACUGAAACUUAAAAUUCCAGUUUAGGUCAAUAUUUAAUCGAAGUUCAUCUCCCUUUUCAAAGGGUUUCUUUCCCUCCUUCCCUAGAUAUUUGCAACAACCGCUUAGCUCUAUGUUAACCCAAACUAAUUAAAGCAAGGGUGGACAAUCUAGACUUGGCUGUGCCAUUUAGAUUCUUGAGAAUUUGAACUGAUUUUCUGCAUUUGGGUGAGGUGGCAGCUGUUCCACUGUAAUGGUCAUUAUUACAGCAAAGGUGCCCUUACUUCCUGCUGCUGAGGAGCUCCCAGGGACCCCUGGCCCCUGUCCUGCCUCAGGCCCAUCCAGCUCUUCCUUGGGACUUCUACGGUGGCCCUCAUUUUCUUGACUUGUUUUGACAGUUUCUGUUCUGUGCAACCCACGACUGAUUGGCAUGGUUCUAAAUUUAUUGAUGCUAAGAAGAUAAAACAUUUGGAUUGUAUACUUUUUAUACUGUUGAAGCCUCUACCUAAUGUGUGACUUAUAUAACCUAGGUAAAGAGAUCUUUUUUACAGUGGUAUCUUUUCUAGUCUCUUAGCCUUUUAUUUAUUUGUUUUUUAUUUUUGAGAGAGAGAGAUCGUGAGUGGGGGAGGGGCAGAGAGAGGAGGGUACAGAGGGUCUGAAGCAGGCUCAGUGCUGACAGCAGUGAGCCCGAUGAGGGGCUUGAACCCACGAACCGGGAGCUUCAGCCCACAAACCGUGAGAUCAUGACCUGAGCCAAAGUCAGAUGCUUAACCAACUAAGCCACCCAGGUGCCCCAGUCUUAGCCUUUUAAAUAGAUGUUGCUAAAUCCUGCAGUCCUGGCUAGUAAGCACUUCCUUGCACCCCUCUCCUGGGAGUCACUUACAAAUUCAGUUCCAUUCCAUAUGUAUUUGUUAAUACACACCCUGUAAAACAUCGUAGUAUGCUGGGGGGAACAGGAGGCCUGCUCUGAAGGAAGUCACAGUGGAGAGGAGCCUGUUGUGGCAUAGCAGAAAUGAUAAGGAAGCCAGAGGGCAGUGUACCAUAGAAGAGGCAUUCAGAACACAAAGCAUUCUAGACAGGCCUGGAAGUAUUGGUCCGAUUUUACCUGGAAGGGCGGGAAGAGCUGCUCCAGGCAAAGGUCAGGAUUUCAUAAUCAGAAGUAGGAAGUAAGACCAUUGGGAGGGCUGCGGAGGAUAAUGGGAAGGGCAGGGGGCCAGUCAGAAGCCCUAGGUGAGGCUUCAACAUUGCUUCCCCCCCCGAGUAUGGGUGAAUGGGGGUAACUCAUUCAGCCUCUCUUGGCAUGUCACUCUGUCUCACCUGUAAAAUAGGAACAGCACCCACUCUGCCUACUUCAUAAAUUGUCUAGACCAGUAUUUUUCCGAGUGCAGGCCUCAACCUGUUACUAAAUUGAGAAGCCAACUUAAUGGCUUUAAUGGGGUGUGACCAGCAUUUUUUUCUUUUUUUGAAAAAAUAGCAUGAGAGUGCAUGGCAUGUGGUAAUAGGAGAUUUUGUUUCACGAGUCUUCUAUUUCCAUGUGUGUGUGUGUUUUGCUUGUUUUGUUUGUUGUACUAGUAUGUAAGAUCUCUGAGGUGAGGAUUUGUUUCCUUCCCUCCCCUCCUCUUUGUUCACUACUGUAUUCUGUUUAGUUUUUGGCAUAUAGUAGGUGGCCAGUACCUGCUUAUUGAGGGAAUGAAUGGAUAUAUAUGACCUGGGUCGUGAUGGAGAAUGUAUUUGUUUUGUUUUUUUUUCACUGUGAGUCACCCCAAGAAAAAGUCUUGAAAGCCACUGCUCAAAAAUACAGAUAAUAGUGCUUUGUAUGAUUCUGUAAUAAAAACUAAAAUGACUCACUGA